CUGACGUGUACAAUUUUCAAUUUAAUUUUUACUUCAUCAUUUUUCAUUCAAUUUUGUGAUGUUUUUGCCGGUGCCGGUUGACGAUUUUCUACUUCGUUAACUAAUUUUUACAAUUAGCUUAAUUUUAUUUCUAAAAAGCUUUAAAAAUAUUAAAGAUUACUAGAUUCAAAACCAAAUUAAUUAUAAUCAUGGCUAUACUUGCGACUACGCUCGGAAUACUUCUAAUUGCAUCCACUGCCUGGUCUGCGGAUGCACCCAAAGGUCCCAAAGUGACUCAUAAGGUCACUUUUGACAUUAGCAUCGGCGGAGAUAACAUUGGCCAAAUUGAGAUUGGUUUGUUUGGCAAGACUGUGCCAAAAACUGUCCAGAACUUCUUUGAGCUCUCACAAAAGCCUGAAGGCGAAGGCUACAAGGGCAGCAAGUUCCAUAGAGUUAUUUCAAAUUUCAUGAUCCAGGGUGGCGACUUUACCAAGGGUGAUGGUACUGGCGGUCGCAGCAUUUACGGUGACAGAUUUGAAGAUGAGAACUUCAAGCUGAGUCAUUACGGAGCUGGUUGGUUGUCGAUGGCUAAUGCUGGAAAGGAUACCAAUGGGUCUCAGUUCUUUAUUACAACAGUCAAGACUCCUUGGUUGGACAACAGACAUGUUGUUUUUGGCAAAGUACUGAAUGGAAUGGAUGUUGUCCGUAAAAUUGAGCAGACUCCCACUUCAAAUGACAAGCCAGUAAAGGAUGUUGUCAUUACUGAUACUCAUGUGGAAGAAGUUGCAGAACCAUUCAGUGUCACAAAGGACAGUGCUCAAUAACAUUGCAUAAUUUUAAAUCGUUAAGCAAUAUAAAUAGUAAGACAUAAAUGUAUAUUUAUCAUAUAAUUCUGAAAUGAUUUGUUUUCAAAUGCAUUUAAAUUUCAAUGUAUGAUUGCAUAUAUUUUUAAUAUAAUGUUAAUAGUAAAAAAAUCUUUGUAAAUGAUCCUCUCAGUCCAGUGUGUGUAAUAAUUUUAUAGAACUUGUCAAUUUAUUGUUGAUAAACUAUUAGAAUUAAAUAAUAUUAUUGUAAUUGCGUAUCUUUCAUUAAAUUAAACAGUAUGUAAAAGAAGAUUAAAGAUAAAGUAACAUAUGAGUCUUUAAGUCAGUUGUAUAACUUUUUAAUGUUUUAUGAAAAACCAGUAUUCUUUUAUGGCAUGACCUCAUUAAAAUCAUUAUAAUUCACAGGGUACCACAAAGGUUUAUUGUUAUAGGAAUUUUAAUUUGGUUUCUCAUAUGUAAAACAAUAAUUUACAUUGAAAUAAAACAAGUAUGUAUUUAA